AAUCAAGUGCUCUGUCUGCUCAGCUCGCUCAAGUAGGUUAGUUUUAUACGGUAGACUUAGAGCACGCGUGCUUGUGUUCAGUUCCGAUUUAGAGUUGAACUGACUAAAAGUAGAUAACUGGUUUAAUUCAGCAGUUUACUUGUGCCAGUUUCGCGGAACAGUGACUUGAAUCGUAUUACAAUAUAAUCUGCAAUUGGAUGUCGGCGAUGGAUACCUAUAUAAUGGACAGCGAUACUAUACCAUUGAAUUCGGAAAUAAAAACCUCUCAGUCUCCGACCAAACAUAUAGAUGAUGCUUAUGCAGAUGGAAUGAUUUUGGCUGCCCAAAAUGCGCCGCCGCCAGUGCCGCCACCUACGAACAUUUUCCCUGUGCCGUUGGGACCAAAUAAUACAAAAACUAUUUGUCAGUACUGCCAUGCCUCGGUCCGCACUUCAGUGAGAUAUACAAGCACCACCCGUACUCAUAUGAUCGCCGCCUUGUGCUGCAUGUUAUGUUGUUGCUGUUGCAUCCCAUAUUGCAUGAAAUCGACGAGGAACUGCGAUCACUACUGUCCAAAUUGCUCAAAUUUCCUUGGCACAUAUCACAAAUAAGAUCCUGUUUUACCGGAUUAACAGCUAAAUGGACAUUAUUUUUCUUUAUUUCUCAUUUUUAAGUGUAGCUUGUAGUAUUGAGAUAGAUCCUUUUUAGGAUUUACUUUUUGAUAAACUUACCUAGUUAAACUCCUUAUUUCUUACAAGUCUAAUUAAACAAUCUUACCAUGUCUUUUUAUGAUUUUUCAGAUUGAAUUAUAAUUUUCGUUAAGAAAUAAAGGGUGAAUUUCACGAGCGUUUUGAACUCCGCCGCGGGCUCUCAUUAGUGUUUAUUAAAUUGUACCAUACACAGUAAUCAAUUUAACUAUCCUAUUUUAUAAAUAAGUAAAUUAUUGGUACAAUGUUCAUUUUAUAAAUGUUCAAUAAAAAAAAUCUUUAUGUAAUAAAAAUGUCGGACACGAAUGAAACUCUACACGCCGCGUUCAAACGCUCGUGAAAUUCACUUGGGGGUUUUUGAUAAAAGAGCCUUGGCGUGCAUAAGCUGUUGUAAGAAUCAAAACAUACCGCCAAAUUUAGAUAAAAAUAAUCUUUGAAUAAGAAGUAGGAAUGAGUGCGUCGCAAGUAGUGAUGUGUUGCUGAGAAAUUGGGAAUUCCCAAUAAAUUUCUUCAGGACAUUUUAAAAAAAGCACAUCGCUUGUCGCAAGGCUCACGGAGCGAGGCUUUUAAAAAUUAUAAGGUAAGCAUUAUAGCCCAACCGAUUUAAAAAGAUUUCGAAUUUUUUUUAUGACUAUACAUAUAGGUAUACAGGGUUACUGGUAUCAAACGCAAAACCUCUUAAAGACUACUUGGUACUUCAAAACAAGUAACUUUUAUUCUACGAUUUUUAGUGAUUAGUAGUUCUUUUUUCAUAUAAAAAUAUACAAUCUAAUUUGUUCUGUGAUUCUACACAUCUUAGCUCUAUGUAAUAGCCAAGCACGCCAAAAAACACGAGACAGUGCAGUAGCGGAAUCGUUUUAUAGAAACGACAUUAAAAUUAAAACUAUAACUGUAUCUAUGUACCUUAUGCGCCUUUGGAAGGUUAUGCGUUAGAUACCAGUAACUCUGUAUGUAUACUUUGAUAUUAUUAUUAGUACUUAAGUUUUUUAAUAUAUGUAGUCUUUCGUACUCAGUUAAUAAAAAUAAGAAUACA